UUUUUUUAAUUUUUUUUUAAACAUUUGACAAAGUUCCGUUUUUCUUCUUUUUUUUUUCAUUCUUAUAUUUUUUAAUUAGUGCUUCGUACAAUUGCCGCGUGAACAUAGCGAUAUUCUCCGUUAUAAAUAUUGCUGUAUUAAUCUUACGUGUCAAUAAUUAUUCAAAAAUCCUUCGUGUCACAUAUCCAAUAUUACUCAUUCGUAAGAUAAAAAUUACUUUUCAAUUUUAUAUAUUAGAUAAAAAAAAGUAAAAAGUGAUAUAGUAUCUUUUCUUUAAAUUCGUCUUGUUUCGCGUCGUUUAUGUGGAAACAUUCUUUAUCUUACACAUAUAAGACGUAUCUGAGAUAUUAUUAUUUGAUAAAAAAAACCAAUAAACGGAAUAAACCAAUAUACAACUGUAUUUCUACAAUAUACCCUGUAUUAAAAUACAUAAAGAUAUCUACUUAUAUAUACCAAGAAGAAACAUGAGUUUACAGUGGUCACUGGUUGCCUCUUUCUUAUAUAUAGAAAUGAUUAUUGUAUUAUUGCUAGUAUUACCUAUAAUGUCACCAACAAGAUGGCAGAAAUUUUUCAAAUCACGCUUUGCACAAAGUUUAAGUUAUCAGUCAUCAACUAUAUUUUAUAUAAUAAUUGUAAUAUUAGUCUUAUUUUGGUUAGAUUCUGUCAGAGAAAUGGUUAAGUACUCAACGGUUGGUGAACGUGCUGGAGAACAUGCUCAUUUAGAUGCAGAAAUGCAAGGAAAUAUGAAACUUUUCCGAGCUCAAAGAAACUUCUACAUAUCGGGAUUUUCAUUAUUUUUGAGCAUAGUUAUACAACGUCUGUCAAAAUUAAUCUCUACACAAGCUCAGCUUUUAGCUCAAAAUGAAGCUGCUAUGAGACAAGCACAAUCUGCUACUACCACAGCAAGAAGUCUACUUUCUCAGAAACCAAGUGGUGAAAGCGCUCAAAAUGAUUCUAAUGAGGCACAUGAUAAAGCUGUUUCAGAAUUAAAAAAUCAAAUUAAAGAAUUGCAGGCAAAAAAAAUAGAACUUGAGAAUGAACUAACAAAAGAAAAGAAAGACAAAGAAGCUAUCAAAUCACAAGCUGAAUCUUUAACAAAAGAAUAUGAUCGUUUGAGUGCCGAACAUGCAAAAACCCUAUCAAGCGGAGAUAAAAAAAGUGAUUAA